AUGUCAGAUCUGAGGUCAGAGCCAAGAGCUGGAGACCACAGACACGCUGCAGGAGUCAGAGCCAAGAGCUGGAGACCACAGACACGCUGCAGGAGUCAGAGCCAGGAGCUGGAGACCACAGACACGCUGCAGGAGUCAGAGCCACGAGCUGGAGACCACAGACACGCUGCAGGAGUCAGAGCCAGGAGCUGGAGACCACAGACACGCUGCAGGAGUCAGAGCCAGGAGCUGGAGACCACAGACACACGCUGCAGGAGUCAGAGCCAGGAGCUGGAGACCACAGACACGCUGCAGGAGUCAGAGCCAGGAGCUGGAGACCACAGACACGCUGCAGGAGUCAGAGCCAGGAGCUGGAGACCACAGACACGCUGCAGGAGUCAGAGCCACGAGCUGGAGACCACAGACACGCUGCAAGAGUCAGAGCCAAGAGCUGGAGACCACAGACACGCUGCAGGAGUCAGAGCCAAGAGCUGGAGACCACAGACACGCUGCAGGAGUCAGAGCCAGGAGCUGGAGACCACAGACACGCUGCAGGAGUCAGAGCCAGGAGCUGGAGACCACAGACACGCUGCAGGAGUCAGAGCCAGGAGCUGGAGACCACAGACACGCUGCAGGAGUCAGAGCCAAGAGCUGGAGACCACAGACACGCUGCAGGAGUCACUUUUGUUGGUCUGGGGUUCCACGGAGUACCUCUCUCCUCGAUGCUGCUCCAGAUACGGACCCCACUCUUCAGUCGGACGACACAGGGAUUUCAACCGCUGGAGAAAAAACACGUGA